UCCCAGAAGCUGGGGCGUCGGGAAGGAGAGCGCGAAUUCCCCCUCCUCUGCGCCUUGGGAGGAAAAAUUGGAGUGGGGUUCACCAGAUCGCGCCGCAGCGGGCGCUUGAGCCCCUCGAGCUGCGCCGCCGAGGCGCGGAGCCGGGCGCCCGGCAAGAGGGUGCUGGUGCGGGGGUCAGGGGCGUCAGCCUCUCCCUAGCAACCCGAAGAGGGCAAGCUGCUGCCGAGAGGAGUCGGCGCAGUCCCGGAGCGCUCCCGCCAACCCGAGCGCCUUCCCCUCCAGCCUCACGGGGCAUCCCCACACCCACACCCGCAGCUGUCACUUCUGUUUGCCGCCUGGAAAGGGAACAGGACCCGGAGCGCUCCCUGCAGUCGUCGGGGAGGAUGCCUGCCUGGGCGUGGGCUGUGUCCUCAAGCCGUUCGCCAGCGCUGGUGAAGAAAGCAGUCGGGAUAACGCCGCCCAAACUUUCCUUCGCCGCAGCGUUGGGAAGAAACGUCCCCUUCUGAGCCUUGCGGAGAACCCCAAGUCUACUAAGGCAUACAGAGGGGACAGGGCCGUGCCUGCUCAGGAGUUGUUCCUGGGAACCCCGGAGGUGCCCUCAGGGGCAGGGCCAGUCGCCGGGGUGCGUCUAGGCGAAGGGAAGUCCAGCGGGCGCAGCGCCCCGCAGUGACCGUGACCUCCGCGCGCCCCCCGCACACGUGCUCGCGGCCCAGGAAGAGGAACGCUCCAGCCGAACCCGCUAGAGGCAGCGACUCGCAAGCAGGCCAGGGGCGCAUGGAGGCGCCGCGGGGGCGGUGCGGCUCGCCAGCGGCGCGGGGGAGCGCGCACGCCGCGCCCCGGCCUCCCCGGGGACCCGGCCGGCCGCUCCCCGCACUUCCUGCCGCGGGGUUCUCGGCUUCAAGCAGCGGUUUGGAGCCCAGAGCUGGCUGAGCGUCGUGUCCGGCAGCAUCAGCCGCUCCCGGCGCUGGGCAGAGGUGUGGCGGGACAGGUGUAGCCGGCAGCGGCGGGCGCCGCGCUCAGGAGGACUGAGCGGACUCGGUUGGCUGGAGUUGGCUCGCUGCUCGCGGAACUCCGGUCCCCGCCACGCAGGCCGGUCGGCGCGCCACUUUGCAUCGAGGCGGCCAGAGCCUCAGGGGAAGGAAGUCGCGGCGAAGCCCGGCUCCCUGGCAGCGGCCGCCUGGGCGCGGUCCUGAUGCUCGCUGCCCGCGGCGGGCCCCACUCCGGCCCCCGGACUUAGGUAGCUGCGCGUGGCCGGCGCCGGCGCCUCCCCCAUGCUGCUCGGAGCGUCCUGGCUGUGCGCGUCCAAGGCGGCCGCCGCUGCUGCGCAAAGCGAGGGCGACGAGGACAGGCCCGGAGAGCGGCGGCGGCGGCGGGUGGGGGCCUCAGGGACUGUAGAGGACAUGGACGAGUCGUCGCUGCUGGACCUACUGGAGUGCUCCGUAUGCCUGGAGCGUCUAGACACCACGGCCAAGGUGCUGCCAUGCCAGCACACCUUUUGCCGCCGCUGCCUGGAGAGCAUCGUGUGCUCGCGCCACGAGCUUCGCUGCCCAGAGUGUCGCAUCCUGGUGGGUUGCGGCGUGGAUGAGCUACCUGCCAACAUCCUGCUGGUGCGCCUGCUGGACGGCAUCCGCCAGCGGCCCCGUGCGGGCGCUAGUCCUGGCGGGAGCCCGCCCGCGCGCCUCGGCCCGGGCGGCAGCCCGCCCGCGCUCCCGGGCCCCAGUGCGUCCCCCGCACUCGCUGGCGGCGGGGGCGGCGCGGUGGGCAGCGCCCCGGGCUCCCCGGUCUUCCUCUCGGCUGCUGCGGGCAGCGCCACCGCCAGUCUGUGCGACCUGGCGACUAAUAGGAGCGCUCCAGUGGCAAAGAACCUAACCCAGCUGCCCUAUGGCAAGGCCCUGUACAGCUACGAGGGGAAAGAACCUGGUGACCUCAAGUUCAACAAGGGGGACAUCAUCAUCCUGCGGCGCAAGGUGGAUGAGAACUGGUACCAUGGGGAGCUGCACGGCACACACGGCUUCCUCCCGGCCAGCUACGUCCAGUGUGUCCGGCCCUUGCCGCAGGCCCCACCCCAGGGCAAGGCACUUUAUGACUUUGAGAUGAAGGACAGAGACCAAGACAAGGACUGUCUGACCUUCACCAAGGAUGAAGUUUUGACCGUGAUCCGAAGAGUAGAUGAUAACUGGGCAGAAGGCAUGCUGGGAGACAAGAUCGGGAUCUUCCCCUUGCUGUACGUGGAGCUCAAUGAUUCGGCCAAGCAGCUCAUUGAGAUGGACAAGCCAUGCCCCACUGCUGCUGCCGCCACUGCGUCAGGCUGCGACGCUCCCUUGCUCUCUGAUCCUGGUGCAGGGGCCAGCAUGGCCCCCGGCCCCACUCUAAGCAGCUCAGGGGCGGUCAGUGCCUUUCAGCGGCGUGUGGACGGCAAGAAGAAUGCCAAGAAACGCCACUCCUUCACUGCACUCAGCGUGACGCACAAAUCCUCGCAGGCUGCUAGCCACAGGCAUUCCAUGGAAAUCAGCGCCCCCGUUCUGAUCAGCUCCAGCGACCCCCGCGCUGCAGCCAGGAUUGGGGAGCUGGCUCAUCUGUCCUGCACUGCACCCACCCAGGACUCUUCCUCAGCUGGACCCAUCCCAACGGCCAUCCCGCGAGCUGCUGCCGUGGCUGGAGAGCAGGGCACAUCUCCCAAAGUCCAACUGCCACUCAACGUGUACCUGGCGCUCUACGCCUACAAGCCCCAGAAGAGUGACGAGUUGGAGCUGCGCAAGGGGGAGAUGUACCGGGUGCUUGAGAAGUGCCAGGACGGCUGGUUCAAGGGGGCAUCGCUGAGGACCGGGGUCUCUGGAGUGUUCCCUGGGAACUACGUGACGCCAGUCUCCAGGGUUCCUGGAGGAGGGGCUGGACCACCUCGGAAUAAUGUGCUUGGAGGAUCUCCACUGGCCAAAGGGAUGACCACCACCAUGCAUCCUGGUGGUGGAAGUCUGAGCAGCCCGGCCACUGCCACCAGGCCAGCCGUGCCCCUCACCACGCCACAGCACCUGGCAGCUUCCCCACCAGCAGGCAGCUGUCUGCGGCAUGCAGCCCAGCCGGCAGCCAGCCAGGCCCGGGGCACCGUCCCAACAGCUGCCCACCCCUCCGCCCAGGCCCAGGACCGACCUACUGCCACCGUGUCACCCCUGCGCACUCAGAGCUCUCCAUCCCGCCUGCCCGCCACCAGCCUCAGGCCUCGCUCAGUGGUGUCCCCACAGCACAGCCAGCAGCCCCCGAUGCAGAUGUGCCCUCGGCCGGCCAUCCCCCUCACGUCUGCAGCGUCGGCCAUCACUCCUCCCAACGUGAGCGCCGCCAACCUCAACGGGGAGGCUGGAGGAGGGUCCCUGGGUGGCCUGUCCACAUCCAGCCCCACCAACACGGGAUGCAAACCAGACGACAAGAAAAAUGAAAAGAAAGAGAAGAAGAGUGGGCUGCUGAAACUUCUUGCUGGGGCAUCCACUAAGAAGAAGUCACGCUCCCCGCCAUCCAUCUCUCCAACCCAUGACUCUCAGGUGGCUGUGGACACCUCACUCCAGGGUGCCAUGGGCCCCGAAGUGUCUUCGCUGUCCAUCCAUGGCAGGGCAGGCUCCUGCCCCAUAGAGAGCGAGAUGCAGGGGGCCAUGGGGCUGGAGCCACUGCACAGGAAGGCGGGCUCCUUGGAUCUGAACUUCUCCUUGUCCCCUUCCCGGCAAGCAUCUCUUUCCAUGGCCGCCAUCCGUCCUGAGCCCAAGCCAUUGCCUAGAGAGAGGUACCGCGUGGUGGUCUCCUACCCACCCCAGAGCGAGGCGGAGAUAGAGUUGAAAGAAGGUGAUAUUGUCUUCGUGCACAAGAAGCGGGAGGACGGCUGGUACAAGGGGACCCUGCAGCGGAAUGGCCGCACAGGCCUCUUCCCGGGCAGCUUCGUGGAGAGCUUCUGAGGACCGCGGCUCCCGCGCCACUGACCAGGGGGUGGCGCCCCAGGAAGCUCCGCCCAGGAGCAGAGGGAGCCGCAGCAGCCCAGUGUCCCAGGUCCUCUCCCGGGCACCUGGCAGGGACACCUGGAUCAGGGUGGGGUCUGAAGGUGUGGAGGUCAUGCCUUCACCUGAAAGCCCAACUGAGAGCACACUCCAGGCUGUGGGAGGAAAUACCUGUGCCCUGUGAGUGGACUGUAAGAGAAGAUGCCCACGUGGGCACAUCCAGCCAGGCCCUCGGCUGGGCCACAGCGUUAUUCGCCACCUAUGCAAGUUUGGGAGCUGCAGGAGGCCACCGGGGCUGGGUAGGUGGGCUGGGGCCAAGAGCACUGGGAAAUGUCCUUCCUAGCUGUCCUGGGCGUCACCCCUCUCUAUACCUCAGUCACCUGCCACCUGACCCCUCAAGGGCAUUCAGGGCUCAGGGGGCCUCACCUGAGACUCUGAGAGUCCCUGAAGGCCCACGUGGCUCCCGCUGGGCACUGGAACGGAAUCCCUGUGGCUUUGUCUCCUGCCAGGAUCGCAAGCUACACCCUUUGUUUCACGCUGCUGUCCUCUGCGUUGCUUCUUUCCUACAUCUUUUUAACGUACAGCCGUUAGACUUUAUAUAUUUCUAAUAGGUCAGACAUUGCCUAUUUUUCAUACAUCUGGUGCUGCCUUUUUGUAAAACUAGUAAUGACUUGGGUGAGCUUGAAAGAAAAAAUGUCUGAGGCGACAUCAAAGGGCAGGGUUUUUAUAUUUACCAUAUGAAUUUUGGAGCACGCUGAGAAACCCCUGUCCUUAACAUCAGAGUGCUGGCCAGUGUGCCCUGGGAUGAGAGCGAGUCCACCGAGGUGGUUGAAGGCAGUGGGAAACAGCCAAUUUCUUUAAAUCCUUACCAAAACCCCAGGCUCUGUCUAGACAGGGAUGAUUAUUAUUCAAGGACUGGAAAUGUGUCGAGGAGGGCUACUCUAAUUGCCCUUUUGUGUGGCGGCGAAAGAACAUGCGGGUUGACCCCAGCCUAGGAAGGCAGAUGCUUUUUUUAAUUCCUUCUAAGAGAAUGACUGUAAUUAGCAUUCUCAAAACAUGAUUUUUUGUUAUCAAAUGUGCAGUUCAGAUCACCACCUUGCAAAUGCUUUUGUUUUUUCCUUCUCCUUUUUGAAAAAUAAAUAACUCUUCCCAUAUCAGGCCUUGCAAAGCUCAUCUGCUAGAGACCAGAGAUAAGUGAGAACAGGAGUGUGAUGCAGUGCUGUACACUGCAGGGACAGGAGUGCGAAGAGACUAGGAGGAGGAGUGGCUUUACCCUGGGACCUCCCCCUGGGUGGCCUCAACAGAUCCGUAUUCCCUAGUGAAACGGCUCCUUUCCAAGAAAAGUGACCUGAGGAAUCCUGUUGCAAGACAGUUGUGUCCUUGAGACUUUCCUCAGGAAUAUAUUUUUAUCAUCUCAAAGUUGCAAUGCAUAACCCUUCUCUCUACAAAAACCACUCAGCCUUACACAUUAGGCUGAAUAAUUAGCCUUAGUUAGUGAACUUUGUCACUGGUUUUCAGGGAUGGAGCACAUUCCAGAAAUGCAUUCUCUUGCUUGGCAUGAAGCCUUUGAAAUGGAGACCACUUAUUUUCAGAGUUCCUAUCUGGGGACAGGACUUGGUUAUGUGUAACUGCCAGGUGGCCGCCACACUAGAGGAAACCCAUUUAGAAAAUGGCUCUUUCCCUCCUUCCUGAUGAUAAUAGACUUAACGAACUCAAGAAAUUUGUUCUGAAGCAAAGAGAAAAUCUAGUUUAAAUGUAAGGAGGCCUUUGUGCCGGGUUCGUGACAACCAGAAAGGAUCUAGUCACCAUCAUUGCCAAAUUAGUUGCCCACCAUGCACAAAAAUUCCUGUGCGUGUUAAAUCCAUGCUGUCACCAAAGAGAUCAACACCCUAGGUGAGACACAUUCUCCAGUGGAACCAGAACUAGCUUGAAUCUCCAGGUAAUAAAAAGUCUUCUUUUUCUCUUGUUUUGUUAGAGGGCAGCUACCAAGCAACAAUAACUAACUCGGGCUCACUUUCCUCUCCGGCUCUGCCCACAUGGUGCUCAUAGUGGGAAUGUGCUCCACAAUUUAGUGAUGGUGAGUGGGAGUCAGCCCACCCAGCCGAGCACCCCCACCUCAUGAUAGAGACCUGGGGCCAGUGUCGAGGUGUCCUUGGAUGACAGUGGCUGGCCUCUUUCAUGGCAGAGUCAGGGGUGAGUAUUGGAACCACCUUGGGAAGGAGAAUGAUGCUACGGGCCCAGCCAGCUCCAGGUUUGCCCUCAGGUGUGGCUCCUGGAGUGGGCACUGGGCUGGCAGAGAGUGAGGGGAACACGCCACCAGCCCCCAUGUGUCGUCCGAGUGUCUUCCACAUCUCCAAGCCCUUCAGCUUCUUGACAAUGCAGGAGCAGAAGUAGCCAUCCCUUCAGGCCUUCUUGCCUCCCAGGACACACAUUUCCGCGACCAAGAUGAAACCAGCACCUUGUCCAGAACCCUCAUAUUCCAUCCUGGCCCACGAUGUCCACUUCUAGCUGUGCGGUGGCAUUUGGCAGCCAAGGUGAUUUUCUUUGAGGAGCACAUUAGGGUCCACAGCCUUGCCUGAGCGAGGUCAGCAGACACCUAGGAGAUAGGACAGCCUGGUCCCCAGACGGCCAAGCGGGUGAAGGAGGGAGACAGGAUGGUGGGCAGCAGUCCUAAAUGCCAGGUUGGACACCCUGAAACCAGCUCAGUCAACCAACUGGGACACCUUUUGUACUUUGCACAGUUCACACACACACAUGCACACACACACACACACACACACGCACACAUAGUGUUUCUGUUAUACACCAUGUCAGCGUGUGAUUUUGGGAGAAUUGACAGUAGUGACAAACUAUGAUGCCUGUGUUUCUGAGUCUUUAAAUAAAAAUGA